GGCGACAACCAUUUCUGAGGUAUAUAAAGUGCGUGAUUUGACCCGGAAUGGUAUCAAAGUUUAGUACACCAGCAAAGUUACAACACACGCAUUCUCUACGUUUUUAGUAACCAGCACAGAACAAAUCCCAAGCCGCCGAAAAUGUUGUCCAAGGUAUUCGUCCUGCUCGCAGCCGUCGCCGUCGGUGUCCAAUCGGUCGCCAUCGGAGUGGCCGCACCAGUUGCCGCCGUUGUCAAGACUGAGGAAUACGAUCCCCAUCCACAAUACAGCUUCUCGUAUGGAGUGAACGAUGCCGUCACUGGAGACAACAAGGAACAGCACGAGUCCCGGGAUGGCGAUGUUGUUACUGGACAGUACUCCCUUGUUGAACCCGAUGGUACCCGACGCACCGUGGACUACACUGCCGAUCCCGUCAAUGGAUUCAACGCAGUCGUUAGCAAGUCGCACGAAGCAGCUGUCGUGAAAACCGUGGCCGUCGCCCAUGCCCCAGCUGUCGUUGCACACGCCCCGGCCGUCGCCGUUGCCCACGCCGCCCCAGCUGUGACCUACGCCCAUGCCCCAGCCGUUGCCGUUGCCCACGCUGCCCCAGCUCUGUCCUACGCCCACGCCCCGGUAGCCUACGCUCACGCUCCGGCCGUUGCCUACCACGCUCCGUCCGUCGCCGUGGCGCACGCCCCAUUGGCCUACCACCACCCAUCGGCUCUGCUGUCCCACGAAGUCCACGAACUGCACCACGAACCCCUGCUGUCGCACGCCGUCUACCACCGCUAAGACGUCGUCAAUCGGAAACCCUAGGAUCAAACUCCCAUCUCGGACCAUGCGGCAAUGAAUACGAACUUGGAUCGGACCUCUCCCACAACAUUGACGGCACUACAUCUCGUAGGUUUCUUUUUACGAAGACUCAAAUUUGUUCUGUUCUGUAGUUACACACACACUGGUUGCAACAUGAGAUGAGAUUAUCGAAUAGAGUAUUGUUUUUUUAUACAAUUUCUUAAUAAUAAAGUAAGGAAAUAAAUAAA